AUGGCGAAAAUGAAGAAUCGACUGAAAUUCCUACUGAACUGUCGGAAGUGCAAGCUUGUGCCAAAAUGCCUGUGCUACAAGGUUGGUGUUUCUCUACACAGCAACAUAUCGCGCCAAGAGCUGAGAACUCUGGAACACCGUCAGAAAAUCAGAAUUAUCAGCCUUAUCAUUCGGGACACCAAGCGUUUAUUAGAGCAACUGAGGAACAGAAAGCGGCAACUCUAUGGAGUGGUACAAAUAGCGCUAAAAGAGGAAGAUUGGAGAACUGUACAAGUGAUGGUGGAGAAAAAAGCAACGAAUGUGUACAACAAGACAAAACGUUCUGAAAUAGAUAAACUCAGCAACCUGAAGCGAAAAAAGAUUGAAGAGAUCAGCCAGCAGCCGGAAUGGAUAGAAAAUACAACGAGCUACGAAAUCCCCGACUACUUAGAACGAACGCUUCUUCUUGGACCCAACUUCAAUAUACAGACAAAAAGCUCCAUCCCAUACGUGAAACUUGUCGCCGAUGUAGAGACAGCAAUACAGAACAAACCACAAGCUGACGAAAUUAGAGCAGAGGUUUCUACCAUCAUAUCCAACUACGUCAACUAUCAAAACCAACCACGAACGAAAGAGAACGAUUGGAUACACAAAGACAUAGUGCGCAGCAAGAAGUUCUUGCGAGAGAACCCAGACCUAUAUGUUGCAAAGGCCGACAAAGGAAAUAAAACCGUCCUGAUAUCAGCCACCGAGUACCACCAAAAAAUGACAGAAAUGGUAAAUGACCCAUCUACUUAUAAGCAGCGUAAGGACAAUCCUACGAACAGAGUGCUAAAAAGGCUAAACAGCAUUGUGGAGCAGUGGUGGUUAGACCAACACAUUGACAAAGCCACCAAAUACAGACUUAAAUUGUACAACUGCGCACCACCGCGGAUCUAUGGUCUUCCUAAAAUCCAUAAGGAAAACUGCCCCCUCCGACCGGUAGUGUCCACCAUUGGCUCAGCAACGUACCGUAUGGCUCAAUACCUUUCGGGAAUAUUGAACAAUUUAGUGGGAAAGACAGAGUACCAUGUUCGCAAUAGCUUUGAUUUCGCAGAAGAGAUUUCUAAGAUACGGGUACCGGAGGGAUGUGUACUAUACUCGUUGGAUGUGGUGUCCCUGUACACAAAUGUGCCUGUAGACAAAGUGUACGAGUAUGUUGAGGAACGUUGGAACGAACUACAACACAUUACAACAAUCCCAUGGGACAGUUUCAAACAGGCGAUGAAAACAGUCCUAGAAGCGUCAUUUUUUCAAUACGAUGGAAAGUAUUAUGACCAAAUAUUCGGAGUACCGAUGGGAUCCCCACUUUCUCCCGUCGUUGCCAAUAUAGUGAUGGAGAGGCUAGAGAGAGAAGCGAUAGAAAGAUUGAAACAAAAAAAUAUUUCGCUGGUAGUGUAUCGAAGGUAUGUGGAUGAUUGUUUUCUGGUGGGUAAGGAGAAUGAGAUCGAUGCUGUCAUCCAGGAGUUCGAAAAAGAUCACAACAGCAUAAAAUUCACAGUGGAAAAGGAAGAAAAUGAAUCUAUCCGGUUCUUGGAUCUCCUAUUAACUAGAAGGGAAGAGAGAAUAGAUAAAAAAUGGCUCCCAAAACAGACAACAGGACGAUAUCUUGAUAACACAUCAGAGAGUCCGCACGCCCACAAAAAGAAUACCGCUAUCGCAUUAUUCGACCGAGCGCUAAAGCUUACUGAUGCGAGGAAGAGAGAGGUAAGCAUAAAAGAAGCGUCGGAUAUCCUGCGCAACAACAACUACCCGGAACACUUCAUAAAGCGUGUACUGAAACAGAGGGUACACUCACUAUAUAACACACUGCAAACCAGGAGUACAGACGAGCAAAUAGCUAAGUACAUUUCCAUCCCCUACAUCCCCUGCCUAAGCGAGAAGAUAGGAAAAGUGUUACGCAAGAAUGACAUCAUCGCAGCGUACCAACCGACCGACAAAAUUAAAAACACUAUCUUUACUAUGUUGAAGGACAGGAUCCCAAAGAUGCAACAGACCAAUGUGGUCUACAGCAUUCCGUGUGGUGGAUGCGACAAUAGGGAGUACAUAGGACAGACAUCGCAAACUCUGGAAAAACGCAUUGCCCAGCAUAAAAAUUCAAUUCGCACGAGCACCUCUAUAACCGGCCUAACGCAGCAUGCGAGAGAGUGUGGACAUCAGUUCGAUUUCAACAGAACGCGUGUAUUGGAGAGAAUCAACAAUGAUUCCAAUAGGCUGACUGCUGAGGUUCUCCACAUCAAGCUGCGAGAGGAGAGAGCUGUGAAUCUUCAACGUGACGCAGCUAGCUUCUCUAGCACGUAUAAUGGACUUCUCAACAAGCUACGAUCAACGCAGCAAUUCACAGGAGACGAGGGAGCAACGACGCUGGCAACGACGCUGUAG